UUGCACUCUCACAGAUGAUAAUGCCAAACGCAAUAUUCAAUAUUCAUAUAUUUUUUAUUUAAAGUGCGUCACUGCAAUGAAUUCAUUGCCGCCGCUAAUGAAAACAUUAACCAAAAGAUACAUGGCUACCAAAAUCAAGUCACAAGGGGACUCGCGCAAGGCUACAUCGAUUACACCUGCCUCGUCAGACAUAGGCCCAAUCACUGAGCGAGACGGCAAAUUGCAACUCCGUCUGACUGUCAAGCCCGGUGCGCAGACAAACAGUAUAACCGAAAUCACCCACAACGCAAUUUGCAUCGCAUAUCGGCACCUCCCCGCGAUGGCGAGGCUAACAAGGAAGUGUUGAAUUAUGUGGCCAAGUUGUUGGGAAUUCCAAAAUCAAGCGUUGAGCUUUUGUCGGGGAAAAAUCGAGACACAAGGUGGUCGGCAUACUGCAGAAAAUCCUGGGCGGUAGUAAUGCCUUGGAUGUUCUGCAAUCACAUAUAGACUCAAAAUAGCCCAAAAAUGACAUGAUGCAUUGCCAGAGCAGCAUUCUGCGCAGUUGCACUUGUCUCUCGUAUGUAUCUAUUUUGUGUUUAUUUAAACUAAUAACGCAAAUUACUCGGC